GGCCAUGAGGCUAGGAUUUGCCUGCGCUCUGCUUUCCCUCCUGACUGGGCACAGCGGGGCAGAGACCCGUGCCAUCGGGGCCGAGGAAUGUCGUCCCAACUCCCAGCCCUGGUGCGUGGGGCUCUUCUCCCUCACUCGCCUCUUCUGCGGGGCCACCCUCGUCAGCGACCAAUGGCUGCUCACCGCAGCACACUGCCGCAAGCCGUUCCUGUGGGCCCGCCUCGGGGAGCACCACCUGUGGCAGUGGGAGGGUCCGGAGCAGCUGUUCCGGGUCACAGAAUUCUUCCCCCACCCCAGCUUCAACGAAGAUCUGAGUGCCCACGACCACAACCAUGACAUCAUGCUCAUCCGCCUGCCCAGGAAGGCACGCCUGGGCCCGGCCGUGAAGCCCCUCAACCUCAGCCAGACCUGUGUGUCCCCUGGCACCGAGUGCCUCAUUGCAGGCUGGGGGGCCGUGUCCAGCCCCAAGGUUGAGUACCCAGUCACGCUCCAGUGUGCCAACAUCAGCAUCCUGGAGCCCAGACUCUGCCGCCGGGCCUACCCGGGCCACAUCUCGCACCGAAUGCUCUGCGCCGGCCUGUGGGAAGGGGGCCGCGGUUCCUGCCAGGGUGACUCAGGGGGCCCCCUGGUGUGCGACGGCACUCUGGCAGGGGUAGUGUCCGGGGGCGCCGAGCCCUGCUCCAGACCCGGGCGCCCCGCCGUCUACACCAGCGUUUGCCACUACGUGGACUGGAUCCGUAAGACCAUGCAGGAAGACUGAGCCCUCGAGUGCGGGCGGAAUCUGCAGAGUCCCAGUAUC